AUGUCCAAUCAAGUGAGACAAGAUUUAAUUCAGAGUGGAUUUGUUCCUAAAAAUGAAAAAUCUAAAUGGUCACCUAUGAAACUUUUGGUAUUUUUGGGUUAUUCAAUUGACACAAACCGUGGCACUAUAGCUUUUCCGAACGAAAGAGUUCAAAGGGUUUUAAAAACUAUUGCUGACGUUGAAUAUUAUGUAUCUAAACAUGGCAAAGUCCAUGCACGAUUGGUUGCUUCUUUAGUGGGACAAAUAGUGUCCAUGUCAUACGUCAUUGGAAACGUUGCUUAUAUCAUGUCUAAACAUUUAAGCAUUGAUAUUUUAAGUAUGACUUCGUGGAAUAGUUGUAUUGUUUUAUCAACAGAAAGCUUGAUACGAAUUAAAUUUUGGAGAGAAAAUUUAGAACACGUAAAUGUUAAAAAGUUUUCUUCAGAUGUGUCAUGUCAAUCUGUAGUUUAUAGUGAUGCAAGCAAUACAGGAUAUGGUGGCUAUGUUGUAGAAACACCUUUUAAUAUAGCACAUGGUAUGUGGUCCGAAUGUGAGGCUUCAAAGAGUUCUACGUGGAAAGAGCUAAAUGCUGUUAGAAAUAUUCUAUUAUCUAUGAUCAAUGUAUUAAAAGAUAAACGAAUUAAAUGGUUCAGUGAUAACCAGAAUGUAGUAACUAUUGUGGAAAAAGGUAGUAUGAAACCUGAGUUACAGGAUAUUGCUAUGUGCAUUUUUGAGAAUUGUUUGAUACAUAAUAUAUCUAUUUGGGUUCCUAGAACCUUGAAUGAGAAAGCGGAUUUCAUCAGUCGUAUUAUUGAUUAUGACGAUUGGGGUAUUGACGAACAGUUAUUUAUGUAUGUAGAUUCCCUAUGGGGACCUCAUGAGAUAGACUGGUUUGCAAAUGAUGACAAUCAUAAGUUAACGGUAUUUUAUUCCCGUUAUUGGACGGUGAACUCGAUGGGUAUCGAUGCAUUCACUAUUAACUGGCAAGGUGCCAAUGGUUGGUUUGUACCACCUGUAUGUUUAGUGUCUAAAGUAAUAAGUUACAUGAGGCAAUGUUUUGCUCAUGGGACACUACACUUGUUUUACCUUUAUGGAAGUCGGCAAGCUUUUGGCCGAUGUUAUGUCCUACGGGUGAAGGGUUCAUUAAAGAGGUGA